UCUCGCAGCCACCUCGGCUUCGGCGACUUUGCCCGGCAGCGCAGGAACCUCGUCGGGCUAGCUGAGCCUGCUGUUAGAAAGAGAAACGAAGAAGGAAAGAGAAGACAGCCCGAUAGAGAGGGAGAUCGUACGGUUGGGAGUGUGUUGAGCGUGAGGGGUGGGGGUGCCGAAAUCGUGCGGCAGGGAUCUUCGCAUGAAGGAAGGCAGACUCUGAUGGUCAAUCGGGCGCCGCGCACCGCAGCAGUGACGCGUCACUGCACCCCUGUUUUCGAGUUGCACGUGUUUCUUUCCUCUUCACCGACGCUCACGUUCAAUUGUCCUCUUCUCGUUUUCCUUGGUCAGCUUGCCGCGAUAACGACCGAUAAACACAGUAUACGAGACUCGCCCGCCCGAAAAUACCGAAAUAGUCGUUGCCCAUGGUAGAGAGCGACGUUGUUCUCGCGACGCGGUCAUUCUAUCACGUUCCGUCGAACCUCGUCUCCAAUCGCAGACCACGGGUCUCGUUCGUGUUUCCGCGAACGACGAAUCGUUCAUCGUCAUUGUCGUCGUCGUUGUCGUUUCGUGGUUGUCGAUUUUCCCUGUGCCGAUUUGCAACACAGGAGGCAAUCUUCGUUUUAGAUUGAUUCGCAGCUAAGCUGCAGUGGUGAAUUCCGUUGCGAGCAUUUCGCGCCACUUCCGUUUUAAACUGUGCAAUUCUCAGUGAUCAGUGAGACCGUUUCCAAGAAGAUCUACGAUACGUACAGCGAGAUUCAUCUGUUUUCGAAGUCGUGGCGAAUCGAGCCGCUCGAAUAGUACCGCUGGUCGAGCUGCGUUCGAAAAGUGUUGUGAACAUCCCGCGGAGACACGUAGCUGCGGAUUGUGCUUUUAGCUGGUGACUGGAUCCGGCCUGACCACGGCCAUUCUCGACACGAGGAGGACUUGAUGCACGGGGGUGGUGCGGGUAUUGGCGGGGGUUCUAUGGUCGGACAGAACUCAAUAUUUGGGUGCUCGGCUGCAGGACACAGCGGGGUUAACCAGCUUGGCGGUGUUUACGUCAACGGCCGACCAUUACCAGACUCGACAAGGCAGAAGAUCGUCGAACUGGCCCACAGUGGUGCUAGGCCCUGCGACAUCUCGCGCAUACUGCAAGUCAGCAAUGGAUGCGUUUCCAAGAUCCUCGGCAGGUAUUACGAGACUGGUUCGAUCAAACCGCGUGCAAUCGGUGGUAGCAAGCCACGCGUAGCGACCACACCAGUGGUGAACAAAAUCGCCGAUUACAAACGAGAAUGCCCGUCGAUUUUCGCCUGGGAGAUCCGUGAUCGACUGCUGCAGGAAGGUGUUUGCAACAACGACAACAUUCCAAGCGUGUCGUCCAUCAACAGGGUGCUGAGGAACCUGGCCUCACAGAAGGAGCAACAGGCUGCGGCGGUGCAGGCGCAUCAGGGUGCCGAGAGCGUGUACGAUAAGCUUCGGAUGUUCAAUGGGCAGGCUGCAGGCUGGCCACCGGCUUGGUAUUCCGCUACGCCCUCUCAUCAUCCCUUGGCCACUGGAAUUCCAACGGCAGCGACCCCCGGCUCUGGCCAGUCGCUGCUGCCCGGCAGCCAGCUUCAUGGUCGAGACGAUUCUCUGCUCAAACGAAGCGAUACAGGUUCUUUGUUGUCGCAUCAGCAAGAAACAACGUCAGAUGGGAAUUCGGAGCACAACUCGUCCGGUGACGAGGACUCGCAAGUUCGACUGAGGCUAAAACGAAAGUUGCAGCGCAACCGAACAUCCUUUUCCAACGAACAGAUCGACAGUCUCGAGAAAGAAUUCGAGCGGACACAUUACCCGGACGUGUUUGCACGGGAGCGUCUCGCUGAGAAGAUUGGAUUGCCUGAGGCACGUAUCCAGGUGUGGUUCAGUAAUCGCAGGGCGAAGUGGCGUCGAGAGGAGAAAUUACGGAACCAAAGGAGAGCAGCCGUCGAUCAGGUAGUCGGCGGAGGCAGCAGCGGGGGUGGUAGCAGCACCGCGCCCCCAGCUGCGACCCCUGCCACGCCACGGUUACCCUUAAACGCCGGAUUCAACGCCAUGUACUCGUCGAUACCGCAGCCGAUCGCUACGAUGCCUGACACUUACAGCUCGAUGUCGAGCAGCUUGGGCGGGUCAAUGGGUGGAAGCUGUCUUCAGCAGCGCGCCGAGGGAUAUCCGGCGUACGUGUUCCACGAGCCUCUUCACUCUCUGACGCAGUCUUACUCCCACGCACACAGCACUGCUGCGCACUCGCAACCCCAUCGUGGUAUACCGACCUCUCAUGGUGGAACCCCCACCACGCCAGGAGGACAGCCUGCAGGACCAGGUGGUGCACCCUACCAGCCGACGACCUCGACCGCGACUGGUGUGAUAUCGGCUGGCGUCUCGGUUCCCGUGCAGAUCCCGUCUCAAACACCAGACCUGACCGGCAACUAUUGGCCGAGGCUCCAGUGAUCCCAGCUCUUCGGGUUCCCGCCCGCGAGCUUGCUCGUCGGCCAGGAGAGCCCGCCGCCACCGACAGCCACCCCUGGUGCAGUGUCCCGGCCGCUGCUCGCUUCCCUCGGGAUACCGACGCAGCCAGCGCAGCAUCAGCCUUCGAACACACCGGCUACUACUCCCGUGCACACCUCCGACACCAGUGAGUGAACCAACCGAUCAAUCUCUUCGGACGCUCUCUUGCAGAGAUGGUCGCGCGCGCGAUACUCGAUCACACGAGACGGUUCGUUGCCGUACGGCGAAUCGCCGACCUCGAUCACUGCGUUCAUCGCGAUCGCGUCAUGAUGGCGCGCGAUGACAUUCGAACGAGAUAAUCGACGACGCUUGUUCAGCGUGUCGCUCCGAACACACGUGGAUUGUGACUUUGCAAGUUUAGCGGGUCAGCAGUGUUCCUAGAUGGAUCUUUUUCUUUUCUGUUUUAAAAUUAAUAUCAAAGUAACUUUUUUUUUUUUCAUACGUUAUGAUUUUAUUCUUACGUAUACGGCACUGCUGCGUUAUUCCAAUAAGAUUGUUUUCUUUUUCUGGAUCGAUUAAUGGAUGUAUUUACUUACUGGUCCAUUCUUCGGUGUCGUAUGAUAAUGCGUUAUUAAAAAUAUAGAAUGUGGAGUUUUUUCGUUGCUACAUAUUGCAACAUUUUAGGUUCUUAUUUUAUGUGAAUUUGUUUAUGGGAAUUUGUUUUCGAGUUUCAUAUUAUGAAUAUGAUUUUAAUGCAGUUUAAAUGUUCUCUUUUAUUUAGCCGAUGUAUAUAUUCGUUUGUCCUCUUCGUUGCAGUAAGUAAACUGGCUAGAACGAGAAGUACUUGCUAUAUGUGUCUUAUUUAACAGUUUGGGACGUUUAAAUACCGAUUAGCAAUGUUCAUGUUCGAUAUCCUCGAUAUUCGAUACGAUGAUCUGACGUAUUUUCUAUUGUUUCGAAUUCAGAGGUACCGCACGUAAUCUAGUUUAUCGAGAGAAUAAAAGCAAAGAAUCAACGUUUCAGCCAUAAUUCGUUUUCAAAGAGUUGUGUUCUCCCACUUUCUCAGAGUCACAGGGAAAGGGUUGUUGCACGAAUGAUGAGAUCAGGUAACCUGUUAAGGGACCAGCGCAACAGGAGUUGAAAAAAGGGAAUAAAAGGUUAACGAGUCCGCUUUAAUUCGAUUAAUUAGCCGUUGGAAGCUUGCCAAAUCUCGACAACUAGCGGACACUGCUGAUCGUUACUUUGGGUCACCGAAAAAACAAGUACGCACACUCUCGUUCAGAAUUUGCGAUUAAACACCUUCGUAACGGAAAGAACGCGCGCGAAGCGUUCGUUGUUCCAUUGAAAUCGAAGAAUCCUUUCAAAUAUCUUUCGCUAUUUUAAAUACGAACGAUCGCAAAUUCUCGCGCACUUUGCGCGUUAACCUCUCGAGUCGGCAAUUGCGCACGAACGUGCCAAUUGUUCGGUGGGUAAUUAAUUCGUCUAAAUUCAGCAAGUUUCUUAACACUUUCGCCGACACGUAGAUAUUGUUGCAACGUGCUUGAAAACUCAUUUCUAAUUGUUGUGUAGUAAUACAACGUACAAUAAGUAGAGUACCGUGUUACUGAAAUUAUUAUCUAGAUGCUAGAUGGUGGAUAUAUUAUGUAAAUUCAGAUUUCUAUGAACGCAACCAAAGACGAAAAACUUAUAUCCAAGAAAAUGUAUUUUUUCACAUUGUAUAGAUUUCUAUCAUAUUUCAAUUUCCCCAUAAAUAUCCGCAGUAUCGUAUCGUAUCGUAUCGUAUCGUAUCGUAUCGUACAAUGUACUAAAUUUCGGUAUAUGAUUUUUAUUGAGAAACGAUCACGAUCGUUUUGCCCGCCAAAGUGUUAACAAAUACGUACAGACGAACGAUAAUGUAUUAACAAACUGAUACGUAUACAUCGAAUUGCCAUAAACGAUAAAGUUAUGACGAUAUACGCUUCUUGUACCUAGGCGAAACUGAUUUGAGGGGUUAAAGAACAUUCAUUGCGUCAGAAACUCCACGUAAGCUUAAACUUCUUGAAACAGGUGUUUACUUGGUACAUUUUAGUGUCGGAAAAUCGCGUCGAUCGUCGCGCGAACGCGAUGUAUGAAAGAUCGAGGCGGACGCUCAUCGUCCUUUCUUCGAAUCGCGUUUAAUCUAGUGGUCAUAGACGUAUACGCAUGACCCGGGUCACGCAGGGUAUAUUAUCCAUCUACUCACGACAGUGUACAAAUGAACGUAUCGGCGUCGAACAUGUUCGUUAGACGAUCCAAUGUACGAAAUGCUACAAGUAUAUCGUAUUGCAAUAUACAUUUAAAACGUAAUAUUUGAAAUUUUAUAUACCAGCGAACGAACAUCAACGAAGUAGGUUAUCUAAUGUAUAUAAGUAGCCUGGUGUUAAUAUUUUAUUCGUUGUUUAUUUCGAUAAAUUUUCAAAUUUGGAAAUUUUAAGUUGAAGAACGACUUCGUUCUUUAUGAGUACCGUUGCGAGGAAACAGGGUGUAACACGUUCGCUGCUACUUGACGCAUAUGUUGCGUCAAAUGAGUUAGUAGCUGCUAAUUGUUGCAUUUUAGUUUCUCGACGGAAUCGUUUAGAAAGAUGAAGAAGAUAGUGACGUAUUGGAAGAAACACAAUUUUGUUUGUAACGCAGAUGCUUCCUAUGGAAAAGGAAGAUAUGAAUCGAAGGGUAAACUGGCGUAUUUUAGUAACAGCGAAUGUAACGAUCGAUAGCGACAGUUUCCUUAAUUUUAUGCGGACGAUGGUCUUUAAAACGAUUGAAAAGCCGGAAUCUUUGACAAAAGUUCAAACUAUUAAUCGAAAUUAGAUAUAGACCAGUGAAGUGGAACCAAUCUGAAAGUAAAAAUCCCUUAAAAAUCUAUCACUCUUUCAGAAAUCUGGAUAUCUGGAAAAAUCUAACAAAUCCGAAUAGAAUUUAUGAUAUCUCGAAGUUAAAUAAAAUAUCCUUAUUUCAACUAUUUUCAAAAAAGUAUAUCUUCUUACUCGUAGCAUGAAAAUAAUUUCAAACUUCCAUUUGUGUAUUGUUAUCGCUUACGGGCGUUCUUAUAUCUCUCGAUCGAUGACUGGCAAGAUUCGUUUAUCGAAUUUUUCACGCGUGGCUGUGGUACGCAUGACAGCCGAGCGAUUCGCGUGGAAAUUUCGAGGGAUUCGAAGACAGAGGGAGGAAGGGCGGGCAUCCGCUGCAAAUAUUCUCGCGAGACUUUAGGGUGGCUCUGGCCAAGCUGGCUGCCUUUGUAAGGGUGGGAGCCACGGGGAUUGAUAGCUACCUCGAGGGUGGCUUUUUUCGCCGGCCGGCCAUCACGCUUGCUCGCAGAUAUGGCGUCGGCUGACAACGUUCCACCAGCCAGAAACUUGCUUCGGAAAACUGACUGCUUACGAGAUCGAACUUCCCUCGUCGAGUGGAAAUUCGUAGAGAAGUUCCGCGAAAGUCGUGGAGAACAUUUUUGUAGCGAUAAAGAUUUUCGUUUCAUCGAAAAUGAUGAAGAAAUUCAUUUCUUUUUGUUUCUUUUUCUUUUUUUUUUUUCUACGAAAUGUUUCAUUUCUAUCGUUGGAUUUGCAUCGCGACACGUUAUGUUUUUGACAGUGUAACAUGUUUAAAAGCUUUCGAUACUUAUUUAAGAGAUUAAUCGUUAGUCAACAUUGGUCUUUCGUCGAAUCAAUUUUUUAGCCAUAGCUAACGCUAUAAACGACAAAAUGUAACGAAAUAAAAAACAGUAUUUUUUUACGUUUGAAAAAAUAUUCAUUGUAUCUUGCACCCUUGCAUGACCAGCAAUCUUUGUAGAUACUCUUCUAAGAAGAUUCGAAAAGUGUGUAACUCUUUUGUUGUGUAACUUCCCUUUGAACCUAUGGACGGGAUAUCUCGCAAGGCGAUAUUUAAAAAUUUCGUUUAUACCAGAAGUUUAUUCCAAAAAGUUGUAAACGGCGGAAAUAAACACUCGCGAUAUCUCACCCAAAGCGUCGUAAAGGGUUUAAUGACGUUAACUAUAAUUAAACGUUGUAUAUGUAUUUUCACAUAUUUUUAAAAUAAAAAAGAAGAUCUUUUAUUUUUUUUUUUUAUCGAGUAAAAAUUAAAAUUUGUAUGUGUUUCGAGAGUGCCAUACGAUAUUUUUGUUCUUUCUUAUUUUAUUUUAAAUAUCUUGACGUUAAUACUUAACAAAUAAAAUGUUACUUUUAAGCGUUAAAAAGUAGAUACGCGAGAUAUCUCGUUCGAAAGCAUCGAACGACGACGUCGCAUCGCCUACGUAUCUCGAUCGUAAGUGCAACUUACAAACUGCAAACAAAGUGCAACUUUAAAUUAAGCAACUAAAGAAUCGUCUUUACGAUAAUUAUCAUCGUCUAAGAUCAAAUUUCCAAAUCACGUUCGCUAUAAUCUAAAUAGUAACUUUGGAAAAAAUUCGUAAAUUGCCAAACGACGCUCAGUCGCGAUGGAUCGUCUCACGAACCGUGUUCAGACGCAGGCGGAACGCACUUCAGCAGGAUUCGCUCUAACUACGUAGGUCCUCGCGUAAUCUCGUUUGAGAGACCGAGCCUCUUUCUCGCAGACUUUACGAAGGGUUCAAGGAUACAGCGUUAGCUUUAGGACUCCUCCAACUAGUCGAACAAGAAAAACGUGUUUCUCAAACCGACUCCCUCUCUCUCUCUUUUCCUCUUCUCGUGCUCCACCAAGGACACGACGAUGUAUCUUCGUCGUGCACCGAGCACGUUCUCUAUAUUUCUCCCCCUGGGUACGAAAAAGGGGUGGUUCCACCCCUUGGUCCAAACUGCACGCGAUUCUAGAUUAAGACAAUCCAAUCUGUAGCUGGUAACGAAAAGAAUAAGAGGAAGAAGAAGAAUAAGAAGAAGAAGAAGAAGAAGAAGCAGAAGCAGAAGAUGAAGAAGGAGAAAUAAGAAAAAAAUAAAAUAAAAUAGAUUUGCUCGAUCGUUAUCGACCGAUCGCGGAACCACUCGAACAGAGAGGAUACUUUAGAGUAUAUAUAUUAUAUACUUUGUAAACGCGGGAAUCGCGCGUUUUCUAGAAGCACAAGUCACGCCGAGAGAACGUUUCACGAACGUGUUAUCACGAAAAGAAAAAAAAGAAAAAAGAAAGAAAAGGAAGAAAUACGUAGAGUUAUCGAAGACGAGGAGAAACGAAGCUUCAUUCGCAUCGCAAGUUGAAAGAAUUUCCUUUCGUAAACGAACUGUCUCUUUCUUUUCUCUCUUCUUGCUUUCUCUCCCCCUUUUUUUUACCGACAGUUCGAUUGCCCGCGAUCGAAGCAAAUUCCCUCGUCGAUUUUCUUGUAUAAAGGCAAUUGUAAAAUAGCAUUUGUUAUACUCUUCUUAGCCUGUAAUGUAAAUUAGACAGAAAUCGUCGACACGCUGUGUAUAUACGUUUAGAUAAGCGAAAAGACGGUCGUUUCGGUACCGUUCGAUCGUAUACCACUUUAUAGAAAUCGUACACAUACACACAUACACACGCUACUAACAUAAAGAAACGGAAAUCUCUUUGCCACGUGUAUUCGAUGUUCUCCCUUGGAAACCGGAAACGGACGAUCGACCGCCUCUGUCGUUGCGAAGAGUGGAAAAAUUGACGGCGGGAGUGGUCCAUCGGCGUUCGAGGACGCGACCCGAGCCUACUUUUAUUAUUCGCUCAUUGUUUUCACGCAAAUGUAUACCGUUUGAGACUGCAAAGUUGGCUAGCGGAUUAAAUAUACAUCUGAUCAAUUUACAUGUUAUAUCAAAUACAAUAGAACAAGCUUGAAAUAGCGCGCGUAUGUGUAUCUAUUGUUAUUGGUCGAACUGCUCACAUAUCGAUUAUCCGUAGACCGCGAAUAUUUCUGCAAAUAUUAUAUUUUUCCGAGUACCAUCGAGGAGAUGGAACCUUAGCAGAGAUUGAUGUUAUCUAAAUAUCGUGACGAGUAGAAUCCGUGUGGAAGGAAAUGGUAUAGCGAGAUUAGAAAAUUGGUUACGUGUUCGUAAUUCGGUUCCAUAUGAAAAUAAGGAUCUCGUGAUCUUACAGGACGGUGCAAUGUUAAUUCCGUAUUAUUUCUUCUUUUAUGUAUUUGUAAUAUAUAUAGAAUAUUUCUUUCUCUGGCGGAAAAUUUCAGGACGAACAGUUUAAUACUAUGUACCUUUAACUGUUCACAUGAAACGGAUAUUAAUAAUUGUGUUACGUACGAGGACAUUUUUUCCAGAAAUAUAUAAACACACCAAGUCUAGUCAUUUGAUAUUUAGCAAAGUACGUGUUAUUUUACCGUGUCAUUGCGCUAGCCAACUUUCCAGCCACACGCACGCCAAGAAGCCGCGUUAUACGUUCUCCUCACGCUUCGCAUACAUCGAUCUUUGCAUACGGAAGUCUUGGAACGGAUCUCGAAUCGACGCGAGACGACGCGUCACAACGAAUGAUACGAUCACAUCGCACGAACGCCAAUGUGGAAGGAUUUAGGGAUGGAUCCGCGACGAUCAGGCCUCGAGAGAUCGAUUCGCUACGUCGGUGGCGGUUCACUAGACUUUGAUCUACGAAAAUGGUAUUUUUUGAUCGAAGCUUGCUUUCGCCCGGAGCCAAAUUUGUUUUUAGAAUUGGAAAUUAAAAUGUUUGUCGAGUUACCGAAAUCGAUUUUCGCGAUACUGUAAUUUAGCUGCUUAAUCGUGCUUCCUUACUAUCCUUAAAACGUUUCUUGAGUUUGAGGAAGAUAGGAAAGAAUUGUUUUUCCAUGAUUUUGCUACUAGGUAGUCAGGAUGGAAUUUCUUGCGACAUGUGCAAUAUUCGAUAAAUUUAAGAUCGAUGGUCGUUACGAUCAAACUGGUUUACACAAGGUUCUUCGUUUUCAGUAAUAUUAGCAAAUAAAGUUUUCUUUAUAUAAUCUAGAUUGCUGUCGAUAUCAUGUCGAGAGUGCAUUUCUCGCAGAGGAUGCACGGCUAUCGUUCGACCAAUCUUGACAGCCAAGAUUUCUCUCCUAUACUUCUCGAGGAAGAGCUUCGAAACUUUCAGUCUUUCAGUCUCUCGGCUGUUUUUUUUUUUAAUAAAUGCUUCGCCGUGUAUGGUUUUCUUAAAAGGAAAACUGAUACAUUUACCACUUUUCAGUUCAUUGGCAUCGACGAGCAAAAUUUUUCUUACCAAAUUUAAAUUUGACUUCGCCUUCAAACACCGAAUCGAACGAAUUUAACUUCCGCGUGACUCGUACGAUAGAAAAUAGAAUUCUACGUAAACUUUCUGUCGCAUUGUAAAACGAACAAAAUCUACUAGCAUAGAUCAAUAUGAUUUGUGGAUAUGAAAAAGAAAGCUUUUGCGAUACGGUUCAAAGGAUCAACCGGCCGCUCGAAACAUUCGCAAAGAUUCAAAAUGACCGCGACGCGACGGCGCGAAUCGAGUUCUCGGUGGCCCGAAACUUUCGGCGAAAAUAAAUUUCCACGGGGGGCGGUAGCACGUACGAGCCAAGCAUCCGUGCGGCCAUCCGAAACACACGUACUUCUAUACACGUACACACGUACAAAAGUGUCGCGAAAAGUGGGAAAAUUACGGUACAGGGUAAUUUGAUAUUAUAUGAUGCACUACCUCAGAGACAAGGCUUUUUACGCGAUAUAAAAUUUCUAAUUAAUCGCAUUAACGGAGCGAAAAGGGAUGGGAAAACGGAGGAGGACGCGCAAGCGCGACCGCGAGAACCACUCGAGAUUUUUCGUCGGUGUUUUCGUCGACAGAGGUUUUCCGGUUGCGACGUCCGUUUCACGCGGCUCGAACGUGAUAAAACGACCAACCACCCCUUCGUGUCUCUUGGAAAACACUCGCUUCACCCUCCGUUUUCUCCCUCUCUUACUCCGGUUGUUUCGCUUUUUUUUCUCUUUUAAAAGAAAAAAAAAAAGAAAAAGAAAAAAAGAAGGAAAAAGAGGGCUACUCGUACUUGGCUGCGUUUGUUGGUAGUCGAUUGAACUUCUUCUCGGUCGCUGAUUCGUACCUGAUGCGAGGAUUACGCGGUGUUAUGUCGGCGACUUGAAACCGAUCCACUUUUGCCACGUGUCUAAGACUUCUGUGACACGUCUACGACUUCUUGCCAGGGUGUCGUUGAAAAUAUCGCGUGUUUCGUUACAGUAACGGGACAGAAUGGGCGAUGAAAAUAGGUAUGAUCGAAAGAUGAAUCGUCACCGUUGGGAUGAUCUAUACCUAAAUACUUUGGCGAGAUGAGAAUUAAAUAAUAAUAUUAAAUUUCGUGACGCCCGGCAUUGAGAAGAGAAAAUAUUAUCAACCGAUGACGAGUAGAUUAUAUUAUUCAGCUUUGUCAACUAAUCCUCGUUCGUUCUUAUAUCAAAGGAUUGAUAGAAUGAAACAGAACAUUUAAUUAGGAAAUUUGUCUCGAUUUUCAGAAAUUACUUCUUUUCUUUUUUUACUUACAAUUAGCAUAACUAAUUUAUGAUCGUUUCAUUUACCUACAAGGUUUCAAUUCGUAUGCGAUUAGUAUUAUUACUCAGAGCCUGGCUGUCAAGACGUUAAUAGCAACGGUAAAGAAGAAAAUACAAAACGACCAAAGUUUCGCGAUAUAUUUCACGAGACACUCGAAUCGUGAUCGGUCACGAGACUUCGCCGUUCCAAGACACUCUGGACCACGUUCUGUUCCCUUCGCCGAAGCAUACUCCUCGAACAUGUGUAUAUCAGUGUUACGCAACAAACAUCCGUUUAAUUAGACUCUCCGAUUCUUCAGUAAAACCGCUUUCCCUUCUCCUCCUUCUCCUCCUCGAAGAAGAAGCUUUCUGCCGAGCAACUGUCGCGUUACCGUCGAGAACGUCGUUGUCGAGUCUCUCUCUCUCUUUCUCUCUCUCUCUCUCUCUUGUUAAAUAGAUGACGAGCUAUAAACGAUUUGUCAGCAGUCAAUAGGGUAUAAUUGAAGAUAUUCGCGAGUCGAAAUCGUGACGACGAUCGAAGGCACGAACGAAAUAUAUUAUAAAUAUAAUAGAAAUCGCGCCUCGUCUGGUAUGGAGGAUAUCGUUUCCCACGAUUUUGACACGCAGCUGGUGUACCGCAAUUCGAUUGAACGUUUUCUACGGCGAACGGGGAUUGUGUACUGUACAUUAGUAAAUUUAUAUUUUUGGAUGAAGAAAAAAUACGAGAAAAAAAAAUGAAACAAAACAAAGAGAACGUAAUGGCCGGUGAACGAUAACGGGCCGAAUUAGGGAAAAAGAUGGCUCGUGAGAGCGAAAACGCCGCCAUUCUGUCGGUUCUCCAACGGUCGGGAGCCUCGGUUCUCGACGUCGUACACUUCGUUCGGAUUCGCAUCGACCACUUCUGCGUUCACCGUCGCUUAGAUAAAAAGAACCAAAGGUGUUGCAGAUUUAUUUCCAUUCAAGAUUUCGAAUUUCUUUCGAUUUCGCGAGUGAUCGUCGCAUUUGUACAGAAUCUUCUGAUUCGCCACUCGGCGUGAUUAUUAUUUGCAGGUUUUAUAAGAUGAUCGGUGUCUAUGAUGAACUUUUCUUUUUUUCUUUUUUCUUUUUCCCCUUUUUAUACUAUGUCAGAGCGAUGCCUUUAUUUCGACGAACAACGGCGUGAGUUUCGAAAGAUUCGCACGAGAUUUGUAUGGACGCAGUGGACGACAAGAAACAGCACCACGGAAUAGCUUCUUUGAGAUGCGACGACUUCAUUCCUCCAGCAGAUUGGUUCGUUAAACGUUUUUCUGUUGUUCCUUCGAAAAGAAAAAAAGAAACGUUUGGUGAACGAUAUUACGUAACACGAGGAUAACGUUAAUGCUUUUUAAGAACGCGGAUCACGUCGAUGCAACGAAAUGGAAUUUUGCGCAAGUUCUUCAAACCACUUUGUUCGUUGUUUUAAUAAACUGCAUGUUUAAAGGUGCAAGUUGCAUUUCGUUGGCGUUACUUUAAAAUUACGAUGUGAUCGCGCUUCGAUGAUUCUUUCGAUAACGAAACUUCGUAGUCCGAGCAGUGACGCGGAAGUGGUCACGCAGUUUUCUUAUUAUCUGUAAUAAUAAUACUGAUAACGAAUACAGUGUAUGAGUAUUAACAAAUUUAUUAACGAGAAUAAUAUAUUAUUGCGACAGUAAUCUACGUAAGUGUUGUGAAUAAUGGAGAUAAUAUUGUUGCUGUGAUUACCUUUAAGAUUGUAAGUAGUAGGAUAUAGAACCACUGUUAGGUGUCACUGUCUCGAUUCAAUAAAUGUUAUUUCAUUUUAAUGACAACGCAAGUCAUCUGCAUUCGUUCAGUAACACCAUAAAACUUCCACUGUUGUCCUUUGAACCUGAUCCUUCCUAGUGUUUGUACUCUGAGUGUAUGAAUUAUGUCUUAGCGCUUGAAGAUUUUAGAGAGCAAUUUUAAAAUAAAAAAUUGUAUCAUAUUUGCAAGAAAUUGCUUUCUUAUCUGUAGUUUUACCAUUUCCUUAAACAUUUCAAGAAUAAAAGUUGCCACA